GAUCCUACUAUCCGACACACGUGGUGGACUUUAACUAUUGGAGGAGCCUAUUUUUUUCUUUCUCUUUUUGCUUGUAAUCAAGUGCAGGUUCAGAGAAUGUUAACUGCAAAGACUAUUGGAGAUGCUCGAAAAGCUCUUUGGAUGAAUAUACCAAUGACUUUGGCGAUGGCAUUGACUAUUUCUUUUUCAGGCCUUGUGCUAUAUGCUUAUUAUUUCAAUUGUGAUCCAGUGAUUUUAGGCGAUAUUAAGUCUUAUGAUAUGUUGAUGCCAUAUUUUGCAAAAAACCGCAUGACUGAGAUUCCUGCUCUCACAGGAAUUUUUAUUGCAGGUGUUUUUAGUGCAAGUCUUAGUACGGUGUCUGCAAUGCUGAACUCUCUGGCUGCCAUAGCUUUAGCAGACUAUAUAAAGCCACUUUAUCAGCGAUUUGGUUAUGAUUUUCGUGAUGACAAGGCUGCAUUUUAUGGAAAAGUUUUAGGAUUUAUCAUUGGAUUUAUUAGUAUUGCUAUAGCUUUUAUAGCUUCACGGUUAGGAGCACUCAUUCAAGCAGUAUUAGCUGUAAAUGGAGCAUUUGGUGGUCCUAUUUUAGGACUCUUUACAUUGGGAAUGUUUAUAGAAUCAGCGAAUGAACCUGGAGCUGUAAUCGGUACUAUCAUUUCUAUCGCAUUUAAUAUAUGGAUCGCUUUUUCACCAAAACCUAGAACGCCUGUCCUAGACAUGUCAAUUGAUGGAUGUUCUAACUCCUCCCACAUUAUUCAGAAAUAUAUAAGGUAUCUAUUGUAA